AUGGAUGUAUUCUCAAGAUUGAUUGCUCGAAGCGUGAGAGAAGGGAGAAUUUCUGGCUUGCGGAUUCGGAAGGGGUGUCCCAUUCCCUCGUAUCUGUUUUUUGCAGACGACGCUGUGCUAUUUUUCAAGGCCACAGCUGCAGAGUGUCAAGAGGUCGGUAGAUUGUUGCAAUUAUACGGGGAUGCGUCGGGGCAAUCGGUGAAUUUUGACAAGGCCGGGGUACAUUUCUCUGGCAAUAUUUCUUCCUCUCGACAACAGGAGAUAUGUGGGCUCUUACGGAUUCCAAAAAUGAAGGCCAACGUGAGAUAUUUGGGGCUUCCUUCUUGUUGGGGCCGCUCCAAGGCAGAAGCUUUCGAUUUUUUGUGCGAAAAAGUUUUAUCUAAGUUACAAGGUUGGAAGGCUAAAUUACUCUCCCAUGCGGGUUGGGAAAUUCUUAUUAAAGCUGUGGCCCAGGCGCUGCCUACCUAUGCAAUGGCAUGUUUCAUUUUUCCUAAUAAGCUGUGUGAUAAGUUAAGCUCCUACAUUCGAAAUUUCUGGUGGAAGAGUGAUCCGCAUUCAUUGGUCUAG